AUGCAGAAAAAACGCGUUCAAUUAUCAUUUCUUAUACGAAAUGAAAAUGAACGGUUGCAUCGUGGAGGCAUUAAUGCACUUCGUUACGAUGCAAAAAACGAUCGACUGUACACAGCUGGACGCGAUUCAAUCAUUCGAGCAUGGGACUGUAAACGUUAUGGCUCCGAUAUGUAUGAAUAUUCAAUGGAACAUCAUACAGAUUGGGUAAAUGAUAUUGUUCUUGUUAAUUCUGGAAAGCAUAUACUUUCGGCAUCAAGUGAUGCAACCAUUAAAUUAUGGAAUGCACCAAAGGGAACAUGCAUGUCAACAUUACGAACACAUAAAGAUUUUGUUAAAUGUUUGGCAUAUGCGAAAGAUAAAGAACAAGUUGCAAGUGGAGGUUUUGAUAAUAACAUAUUCCUAUGGGAUGUUAACGUAUUAACUGCGUUGACGGCUAUAAAUAAUACAGUAACAACUUCAACAUUCACUGGCAAUGAACAUUCCGUGUAUAGUUUAGCGAUGAAUCCAUCAGGUACAGUUUUAGCUAGUGGCUCUCCUGAGAAUGUGAUACGUGUGUAUGAUCCAAGAACAUGCACAUUACUGAUGAAAUUAAAAGGACACACGGAUAAUAUUCGUGCAUUAGUUUUAAAUCGAGAUGGAACACAAUGUAUAUCAGCUAGUUCUGAUCAUUCAAUACGUAUAUGGUCACUUGGACAGCAAAGAUGUAUCACUAAACUUCAUAUACAUUCAGAUGCUGUAUGGACAUUAUGUGCCAAUGAAGCAUUUACAAGACUUUAUUCAAGUGGACGUGAUAGACGUGUUUAUGUUACUGAUCUCGCAGAUACAUCACGUAGUGUUUGUGUUUGUCAAGAAACGGAACCUGUUCUUCGACUUGAACUUGGCAAAGAACAACAACAAUUAUGGGUUUCAACAACAGAAUCAAAUAUACGUUGUUGGAGUUUAAAAGAAAGUCUUGCAACAUUAGCUCGUACGACGUAUUACGAUGGCGAAGUAAUUUGUAAACAACCAGAUAUGAUUAUACAAGGUGGACCAGCAAUCAAACAUUAUCAUAUUUUAUCAGAUAAACGACAUAUUAUAACAAAAGAUUCGAAUAGUAAUGUUGCUCUUUACGACGUUUUACAAGCUAAAAUGAUUGAAAAUCUUGGUAAAUGUGAUUAUGAGGAAGAGAUACGAAAACGUACGAAAACUAUAUUUGUGCCGAAUUGGUUUUGUGUUGAUCUUAAAGUUGGCAUUUUAACAAUUACACUUGAAGAGAGUGAUAUUUUUGCUUCUUGGAUUGCUGUUAAAGAAGUAUUCGAUACUAACACAGCUGGAAACAAUGAAACAGUUGAUCUUAAAGAAAAUUAUGGUAUUUUAAUGUUACAUUCACUUUUUGAGCAUUGGCCAAUAGCAAAACAAGCUCUAGAAGCGAAUGAUAACUAUGCAGAACGAGUACAUUUAGACAAUCUCUGUCAUAUACCUGGUCAUACACCUAUCUUUCUUGGCGAAAUUGGCGGUCGAACACUUUAUCGUUUUCGUUGCAAUGAAACCUGUGGUGAACCUGAACAAAGUUUUCUACAUGAAGUUUUACCUCAAUUUAUAACUAAUGUUAUUGUUAAACAUCAAGUUCCUGUAUUGAAUAAAAUUCCAUUUAUUCUUCAUCAUCAAAUCACUAGUACAAAAUUUAAUAAGAAAGAUCGACUAUCGGCGAGUGAUAUGAUGAUUGUACGAAAAGUAAUCGAAUAUAUUUAUGAACGAUAUAUUCUUAACGAACAACAACAGCCACAGACGCAGACACAGCAACAAACGUUAUCGACGGGAUUAGCUGGAAGUGGAUCGAAUCAGCAAGACGGUAAUGGUGAACAACAACGUGAAUCGGAUAUUAGUAAAAGUAUUGAUCAUAUUGAAUUGCUAUGUCAAGAGCAAAUUUUGGAUUUAUCAAUGGAUUUAAGAACUGUUAAACAUUUCAUGUGGAAAGGAGGUGGUGAUCUUGUUUUGUGCUUUCGUAGUAAAUCGUAA